AUGUGUGUGAGCCAGAGAGUGUCGGAUCGAGGCCGGCCGAGUGAGUAUGAUUAAAAGCGAUUAGUUGUGUCUCGCGUGGCCUCUACUUUUUGAUUUUUGAGAAAACACCGCGAGAUUUCCGCGAUUCGCAGACAGAAAACCGCGAAAUCGCGGCGUGUUCGCGGCGAUUUCGCGGAUUUCUGGGUCCCGCGAUUCGCGGAGAUCUCGCCCGUGAUUCCCUGAGUAGUAUCGGAUAUUGACAUAUUUUCGAUUUUUGAUGUUUUUGCGAGAAACUCAAAAACUCGAAUUGUUCAAAAAAAAAAUGAAGUGAGGUUAUGUGGAGCAGUGUAUAUAGCUGUGCCUCCAAAAUCAGCUAGCUGCCCAAGGUUAGAAAUUUUUUCUGAAACUUUUAUUUUUUUUUGGCUGUGAAAUCUAAUGAAAAAUAAUUUAUCAAUUUUUGUUUCAAAAACUAAUUCAAAUUUUCGAGCGUAAAAAAUAGUCUGGAAAGUUGUUUCCAAAAAAAUUCAGCCUCCUGAAAAAUCCAAAAAUUCUACCCAUCGGUACCCAUAGAUACCAUACCCAUAGAAUGCAUUCUUUUUCAGGAGACUUCGUCACAUUGCAUCUGGUCUCUGCGUCGACACUCAAUUCAAAGACAAAAUCAACGAUUUGGUCUCAAAAAAUGCGAAUCAGAUGACCCUGAUAAAACACCGGGAGAGCAAGACUUGAAGCUUACAAGAUUGCAUCGACAGCGCAGUUAAAAUUAAAGCUGCAGCUCCAGUGAAAGCUGUUGCUCCGGUGAAAGCUGUUGCUCCGGUGAAAGCUGUUGCUCCGGUGAAAGCUGCCGCUCCAAUUGUUGUUGCUCCACCAGUUAUUGCUCCACCAGUUGUAAUCACCGCAACAACCGAUGAUUCAGUGAUUAUAAUUGAUGAAGUUCAGAAUGGAUGUGAUAUUCUUGUGAUUCCACCGACUCCUGAACCAACAUCUAUUGCACACGAAGAGGAACAUGUUGAACAACAACACGUUCAUGAACAAUCUCAAAUUCAGAAACAACCACAAGCCGAACAAGAACUUCAAGUUCAAGAACAACCACACGUUCAAGAAGAGAAUAAAGUUGAAGAAGAGGUUCAACAAGUUCCACAUUUCAAGGAAGAACCACCAGUUCAAGAGCAAUAAGUUGUUCAAGAAAUUGAUAAAGUUUCAACACCGGAAAAUGAAUCAUUCGCCACAUCGGAGACUAGAAAUCAAUCAAUCAUUGAGUUUGGAGAAGCUACACUUGGAAAGCUGGAGAUUAGGGAAUUUGUCCACAAAAUUCGAUCGAGACAUUAUAUUCUUGCUAGCAAGAAUGCCGAAGAAGAUGUUCUCGAAUCGAUUCACUAUGGAUUCAAGCUUUGGGACAAUUCCAGUAAGUUCUAGUUUUUUUUAAAACUCUGAAAUCAAAACAAGUAUAAAUUUUGCAGAUUUGAAAUGUUCGAUCCACCCAACUCAUCACAAUUCUGCAAUCGGUCAAUUCAAAGCAAAGCAUAACGAUGAAUCGACAAAUAUCGAAGUUUGCUUGCCAAUCUCCAACUCGAUUCUUCGCGAUGGAACCGGCGAAGAAUAUAAGGUUGCUCGAAUCGAUCUUCGCGACGAAUUCGACUAA